GCUGAAGAGGGGUGAGGCGGAGACCCAUCAGCAAGUCAGUCAAUGCAGUUACUGUCUGUCAGAAAGCAGCUUACAAUAGCCAAGCCCCUAGGAGCUAAGACUCUCUCUGUUGGAUACCCACCAUUCAACAGGCAAGAUGGCUCGUGAUAUGUCUGAUAAGGAAAUCCUGCAAAUGGAACUGGCUCAGCUAAAGAUUGAAGUUAGCACAACACGCACAGCUGUGUCAGUAAAUUGCAAGGAGACAAUGGAAUGGGUGGAGGCCCAAACAGAGGGCGACCCACUCAUAAAGGGCGUGUCAGAUGACAAGAACCCCUACAAGGGAGACAAGGGAGGCUGCAUUAUAACCUAGAAUACACAAACCCAGGGAAAAGAAGCCACACAUUUUGAUUUAAUGAGAAACAGUGGAGGGCAUUCAACCACAUAUGUAAUCUGAUAUUUGGACAGACAGAUAGACAGCUCAGAGACAAGGACAACUACAACAUUUGUGGUGAUGUUGUAUUGUUACAAGACGCCAGAUUUCCCUUUUCCCCAUCUCUGGAUAUUUUCUGCUGAUAUCAUUGUGUCUCUGUCAAAUUGUAAAUAAACACAUCUAGGUGUGUAAGGCUGUUACCUA